GAAAUGAGAACAGGAUAUGAAUCAGAUGAGGGUGUGAUGCCUGGGGGACGUCCGAUGGAGGGGAGAAGUAGACCCCGACUGUCUAACGGAGACAUCCAGCCCAGUAUGUAUGACAACGAGGAGGACCGCUUCAAAGAGAAAAUCAUGAGGAGGGAGGACAACUCCAGUAAAUAUUUCCAGGGAAAACGAGCCAGCCAGCUUCUCCAGUCUAACGAACCAAUCAACAGAUUCAAUAUCAGUGAAGUAAAGGAUGCGUACAGCUUGAAGAGUCCGCGAGGAUCCAUGACCAACGGUCACAUGACAGAGGACCCAAUGAGCUCCGGACUCCGGGCCGCUGCCGUCCACGGUCAGUUACUGCAGGAGGACGCCAUGGUCCGAAAACCCACACGCUUAGAUGCCCUGCCCGCUGUUAACACUAAAAAGGGCAAAAAGAAGAAAAAUGGCCUCGGCCCCUUGUGAUGAAGGUCCAAUCUUAUGUCACUCUAGAGAUUAAGGGUUAAGAUGCAAUCUUUUUUUGUAUUACAGACUUUUUACUUCUGUUUGACCCAACGUUUAUUGCUGAUAGUGGAAUUUGGGUGAUUUUUGUAAGGAGCUGAUGUUAACCUCUCAUAGGUGAAGUGAUUUUAAUUGUCAUUCAUUGAAAUGUUUUAAAAGAAAAAGCAGGGAAUAAAAAGAUAUAUCACUGAGACACAUUUAGUCAAUGAAGUCAUGUAAAUAUUAUCAGCAAUAGUCCUCUAUUUUUAUCCGAGUUUAAGUAAAAUCAGUAUUGUCAUCUCUUCAGCUUGAUGUAACUUUCUGAUGUUCUUGCCAACUGUAUCUUUUGUUUAAAGGUAUCUUUCCUUAUCAUAUACAAUUGUACAGUAGCUAAUGAAGUCAAAACUUCACUUCUAGGUAUUGGAUACCUACAGGUGAUCUUGAUUUUAAGAUUGAUCACUCAUGGGUAUAGAACAAUGGGCAUGUCUAAAUAUCUUAUACAGGGUGUCAAUGCAUGUAUCUCAUGACAUUUCCAGUAUCAUGUGAUUAGUUACUGAGAAAAUACAUACAAUACUUCUCCUGAUAAAAUUAAAUGAACUUC